GAUUGACAUUGGCAGUUUGGUUCCAGGACUUGGUCAAGUCUGUGAUUGGUCUCAAAUGGGAUCCGAUCUCGAAGAAUUCUACGAUUUCUGCGUCGAAUUCGUUGAUCUGCCAUGGGGUGAACCCGAUGCUCCUGUGUGUAGUGAUGGUUGGUGGGCCACUUUCCUUUUCCAAACUGAGUUCGAUUUUCAUUUGGACACAGAUGAAGAAGCUGGACCUGGGAUUGCACCACAACCUUCUUCCCCCGAGGAAGAAUCGAGGACUCGUUUGUUUGACAGUGUAGUUGAAAUAUUGUACAGACAACUUGGUGGUGAUCCGUAUCUUGUUUGCGAAACGUUUGGAUCCCUCCUUCUGGCAGACACAGCAGAUGUGUGGGAGUUUGGAAAGUCUAUGGCCAGGAAUAUUUUCAAUUCAUUUUUCUCAAGUGAAACACUGUCUGACAAAUGUUUACGUUAUUACCGUAACGAGUCCUCGUCUGGUAUUAGCCCAUCAGGAUUCAUGGUCUUUGACGAGUCAGAGAGACUCAUUUCUGAGUUGUCAGGACAGUUCAGAAAUGGAAGCGAUUUCUGUAAUUUCAUCUUGAGCUUUGAAGACGGCCAAGAAAGGUGGAGUUCAGUUGUUGCCGCAGCAGUGGACGGUGCCUUCAAUAUCAUGAAUGACGUCAGCUUGUGUAAUUCCUCCCUUCAUAUUCUUCUUGGCAGCGAUGGCCUAGCUACAUUCAGGAAUGUGACGGGUUACGAACAGGUAAACGCAUUCUGUGCCUAUCUACGUGACAGUUUUAAUGAAAGAAUAAAUGUCACAGACUUUGAGUUACAACUUCCUGCCAACUUCAACAUUACCACCUACAAACCUGCAGAUGGAGAAUUCCUUCCUGGAGUUACGGUCCAAGAUAUAGUGUCCCUAGCAGGGGCUCUGUUCACGACGAACAAGUUUAACGAGAGCAUGAUAUUGGCAUGCAACAGGCUGAGCCCACUUUUGAAUGACCAAGUUUUUGCGGGUUUGGGCCAUUUCGCUUCCUUGUGUGAUGCCAUCAAUCAAGGCAACAUUCACAGUGCAGUGUCGCAGUGUGAACAGUUACUGGUUCCGCAGGUGUAUGGUGCCGAUUACCCACUCGCUCUGCGGCAUGUUGAUUUUGGCCAACUGCUCCUCGAAACCAUCCUUCCUGCCUUCAACUAUGUGCCCCGUUUUGAACAAGAUGUCAUCUGUCCUGCCAUUGAAACUGUCCUUAAUUCUGACACAAGUCCACAGGCACUGGCCACGAUUGCGAUAAAUGGUCUGUUGAGGUCCGGAAUCGAAUACGGAGCUGGUAUUUGCCAGGAUAUUGAAGGAGUGCUGAACUACCUCGCUCCAGAUAUCAGCUGGUUGGGAGACCCAUCUGAUCCUAGCUAUGACGCUGUUCUGGCACAGGAACAGCUACAAUCAAGACUUGAGUACCAGCGUUUCUUCUACGGACUUUUCGACUUUGCUAGCACUCUGGCCGGCUUCGAGAGCUACGAACUAAUGUGUGCUGCCCUCAUUGACGCAGUUGCUGACCCAGGAACAUUUGAUGCUCUGAUUGAUCUCAUCCGGGAAAGGGCAUUUUCAUACCUCACUGACGAAAAUGAGUGCAAGAUAGCUGUUGAGGCUACGAUGAGCUUCAUCAACUUGGCAUCUCCAGAGACUGCAUCCAGUAACCUGUUGUACCAAGUGACUGGCUACUACAGCCCCCAGGCCUUCUGCAUCGCAUCUGCAGCUGCAUUCCGUGGAGAAACCAGCAGUGAACAGGACACCUGUUUGGGGAUCUUGGAUUGUGCUGGUGUUUGCAACGGGGAAGCCGCAAACGACUGUGCCGGUGUCUGCGGUGGCAGCGCAGUGCGAGACUGCGCUAGUGUCUGCAACGGCGCGGCAACCAUUAACAGCUGCAACUUGUGCGUCGGGGGAGUCACUGGCCGCCGGCAAAACUUUGGCCAGGACCGCUGCGGCACCUGCUGGUCGGAUACCGACUACCGCAUCACCUGGGACUGCCACGGCACAUGCAACGGCACGGCCUUUUUGGACGCCUGUAAAGAGUGUGUUGGUGGUGAGACAGGAAAGCCAGCUAACUACAACCAUGAACACAUUGAUUGCCGGGGUGUAUGCAAGGGCAACUGGAUGGAAGAUGAUUGCGGAUUCUGUGAGCCCUUUGACGAAUCCUCCUUCGUGGCCAACAAGUACAUGGACUGCAACGGAGACUGUUUCACACCUGGAGCCACAUCCAACAGGGCAGAGCUGAACCAGUGUAAUGUGUGUUAUGGAGGCAACACAGGAUUGAAUGAGACCAGUGGCAUUAAUGAAUGUGGGCAAUGCUUGUCUGACCCGUCUGCUGACGAGAGCUCCUGUGCUGGAUGUGAUGGAGUGCCCAACAGUGGUCAGGUCAAUGACGCAUGUGGUGUCUGUGGUGGAACGGGUACAACUUGCUUUGGCGUUGGGUGGGUCAUUCCUAAUCUAGUGAAUGAGAACUCGCAAACUCAGCUCGAGGUGUAUGGAGCUGGUUUUGAGGAGAGCUCCUCUCUGGUCUGCAUCUUUGAAGACUCUGAAGGUACUCAAACAUCAAGUGCCACUCAGUAUGAGGACUACGUCAAGCUAACGUGCAACGUACCUAGCUUGGCUGCAGGUGACUACAGGGUAAAAGUCGAACGUGAUGGGCUCAUUUCUGACAGCAUUUACGGGGACCUGACCGUCCAGGCUGAAAUCAACAUCUUGACUGUUUCGCCUUCCGAGUUGACCAUCAACAGCUCUGUGGACACUAUCACCAUCACAGCCACAGCUGAAGAGGGUGCUUUCACGGCGGUCAAGGCUGCCUCUGUGGUGCCUUCUCUGAUCAUUGAAGGAGACUACAAUGCAAUUGUUCAGGGAUCAUUUGACGACAGUUCUGACAGUGUCAUGUAUUUCAGCAUCCCAAUGCCAAGCAGCUCCAUGCGCGUCACUUUUUGGCCCUCGCUCAAUGGGGUCGAGAGGCUAAACACGCCCGACGGUGCCGGCUUUGAGGCCACAGCUUACGCCCCUGCCCCGGAGUUCACUGAAGCUUAUUUUGCAUCGACAGGUGCUGCAGUAUUGAUCAGGUUCAGCUCGGGUGUGAACUUUGACGACUUCAACGGCUGCGAGGAUGUAUUUGAGGAUACCAGCAAGCUGGGUAGCUAUGCUAGCUGCAGAUGGGUGGGCUCUAGAACAAUGUUCAUCAUCUUAGGCUUUGGCGACAAUCUUUUGGCUGUCGGUGAUGAACUGGUGAUCAAGACCGACUCCAUCAAGGCCUUCCGUGAAACUUAUUCUCGUUACGUGGUGGGCAGCCGAUCGGUAGCCGGGCCGGCUAACCCCGUGGUCCCCACAGUGGUGCUGUACGGCAAGCAGCGCAUCACCAGUUGUGGCAGGAUCAAGAUGAGCGGUCGGCAGACCCAGGGUGGGGCGGGACGAGACAUGGUGUACAGCUGGGCGGUGAGCAGUCAAGGAGAGACAUCUGCCCUGGAAGCUGUGCUCUCAGGUGAAACUGGAGCCGACCUGGUUGCUGCAGGUAGUUUGAUGGAUGCAGAGACCAUCUACACUUUCAGCCUGACCACACAGAAUUUCCUGGGUGAAUCGGACACAGCUACAAUGAAUGUGAGCCGCUCAGCCCUGGCCGUGCCGGAGGUCACAAUCACAGUCAAAGGGGUUGAUCCUGAAAAUGUGUUUAUCUCGGACAGUUUUGACCUGACGGCCGAGGUGACCUUCUACUCAGACUGCGUUCCCCCGGGCGACACAGUCUUUUUCUGGGCUGUUGAUAAUGAAGAUAUCCCAUUAAACCUCAAAACCAUCAACAGACGCACAUUGCAUGUAGACCCCAACACCCUCCCAGGAGACACAACGGUGACCUUCACUGUCGCCAUCUACAAGUCCAGUGAUCCCAGCAACAACAUGACCCAGUCCUUCUCGGUGCAGACCCGAUACUCCGAUCUGAUCCCCAUCAUCUUCGGCGGCAGUGAGCUGACCGUGGGCCGUGACAGCGGUAUGCUGACCCUGGAUGGCUCAGGCUCCUUUGAUCCAGACCAGGUGGCGGUCAAUAUGGAGUAUGAGUGGCUGUGCUCUCAGGUGACUGACAGCACAGCUUGCUGGUCCUACAAAGAAGGCGAGGCUGGCACCCAGUUCCCAUCAGCCGAAGCGGCUGCUUUGAGUGUGCUGUCCAUCCCGGCCAGCGCCAUGCAGGCUGACAAGACAUACGAGUUCACCCUGGUGGUGUCUAAGCUGACACGGUCCGCCUCGAUAUCGGUCCGUGUCACUGCCUUGAAUGGAAACCCUCCAAAGGUUGACAUUUCCACCAUGUUUGAUGAGCGAGUCUUGUCUGAGGACUCCCUCUCACUGAAAGCCAACAUCUACCAUGAUCAACCCCUCACCAGCUAUGUGUGGGAGAUGGUAGGAACAGACGAAGGUUAUGCCUUCCUGGACUUGAGUGAUUCCAACAACUUGGAUAGCCCAGCCUCUUUGUUCCCAUUCAGUAACUCCAAUGGAUCGAUCUCUUUCUUGACCAUCAAAGCUGGCAAACUAACAGCCGGCUCCACCUACCAAGUUCAGCUGACAGCAACCACUGAGGAUGGACAGUACGGCAUAGCCAAGGUCCAGUUCACUGUUGUGUCUGGUGUAACAUCGUGCAUAUUCAGCCUGAACAGUGUCAGCUCGUACACCGAGUUGGAGACGGUGGUGUACACGGUUGAGAAGUGCGUUGCCGAUGAGUCAGCCUAUCCACUGAGUUACCGCGUCUUCCUGGUGAGUGGUGGCAGGAGACAGACUGUCACUUCACAGACCAAUGACCCGGCCAUUGAAGGCGUCGGCAAAGCAGCUACAGAAGAGGGCUCCAGCUCUAACACCUUCGCAGCAGAGGUUUGUGAUGCGUACAAUAGCUGCAGUUUCUUCUACCACACUGUCAGUGUGUCUGUCAUCCAGGAAUGCUCCGCUGCCUUCUUCGCUCAGCUUUUGGAAGAGCUGGUCACAGUGGAAAAGUACAAACAAAACUACGUUAACGCUUUCGUCAACUUCAAUGAGGUUCAGAGUAAGUGCGCCAACAGCACUGACUCCAGGCGCCGUAGACGCUCUGUCUCGACAACGGAUACAACCACAGAUGAGGCUUCGGAGCAACUGUCACUGGUACUCAGCAGUAUAGAAUCCAGUGUGAUGGACACCACCUCAGCUCAGUUGCUGAUUGACCAGUGCAAUUACAUCAACACCGCAGACUUGGCUCCAGCUGAUAAAAGCGUCUUCAUUGGAGUCUUGGUUGACCUCGUCGCCGUCUUCCAGGACGCCGGAGAGACUGUCCCAGAUGACAGUGCCAGCAUCGUUCUGGACAAGGCUACCGAAAUUAGACGCAGUCUGAAUGCAACCCACUAUGCCAACGUCAUCGCUACCAUCACGACUCUGACUGACAGCCUUAGCCAGGCACAGUUGAGCCAACUGGAGCUGGGUGCUGUAGCCCUGGAGACCACUUCCUCUGCCAUGACCAGCUCAGUGCAGCGGGCCAUACCCAACGGCAUCUUCAGGUCCAAGUCAUCGGGAGGGAACGCUGUUGACUUUGGUAGUGCCCUGGCAUCAAGAUUUAGCGCUGACUGGGCUUGCAGCACCGGUAGCUGCUCCGGGGUGACCGUCAGCUUUGAGCACUGGGAGACUGGACAGGAUGAAUUUUCCCUGACGGCUGCAGAUCAGGCCAGAGUAGCCGCUGAUAUCACAGACAUCAAACUGCUGGAUCCAUCAUCAGGUGAGGAGCUUACGAUCGCCAACCUGACGGAGCGCAUCUCCAUCACCCUGAGCGUGACACUGCCCCAGGCUGGCAAGACCUAUGAGUGCCAUUACUGGGACACAGUGGGCCAGGCCUGGUCAAACGAUGGUCUGGAGACCGUCCUGAAUGCAAGCAGCAGUUCAGAGGUGGAGUGUCUGACUGAUCACCUGACGGCAUUCACUCUGCUGACUGUUGAUGAACCUACCAGUGACUCGCCGACUGUGGCGACAGAUCAGGUGACAGAUGCAACCACAAGUCCCCCAACAGUUCACUAUGUUACCACUGUGGACGCCGGGCCAGUAGAUGUACCAGAGGACAACAAUUCUUCCACUACCAUUAUUAUUGUGGUUGUGUGUGUUGUUGUUGCUGUUGCUCUUCUGGUCGUCAUCGGUGCCAUCGUCAUCGUCAAAGCCAAGAAGAAGAGUAAGGUGGCCGCCUCCGAUCCCAACAUGAAUGGGACAGACGCUGAGGCUCCCAGGCAGCCUGAGGAGGCUGUACCGGCGCGCCCGGAGCAGUGGGCGUCCCAGCGGCCGACCACGCCCCGCAGGUCUCCCAGCCCACAGCAGGCCCCGGUGUUGCAGCAACAGCAGCAGGUGCAGGUGGUCACGGUGCCCGUGGCGCUGGAGACUGCUCCCCUGCACAGUCUCCCUCCCCCGGCCUCCCCACACCUGGUGGCUGAUAUGGAGGACACAGCCCCACCCCCAGUGUACAUCCCACCAACCCAGAGUCUGGACAUUACACUCCCCAUCACUGAUGUGUCUUAGAUAUGAUAAACAAACUUACAAAAUCUGAUGAUCAGAACCAAACAGGUUUGAAGGAUAAAUGAUUUCAAAUACACAUCGACACCAGGGCCUACAGCGUAGUGUGUCUUACAGGUUGCAGUUCCAACUAGAUUUUAUGAUGAUUAUCAAACUGUCUUCUUUGAAUUGUCACUUGUGAGAAUUUGUCAAAUGUUUGAAAUAAUUUAAACAAAAGCAAUAAAUGAAGUUGUUUUAAAGCAAAGAAGAUCGUUAAAACUUAAAGGUAUGACUCAGACCAACAAUUAUUUUGAAUUACCUAAUGUGUGAAGUAGUUUUCAAAGUUCUGUGUUCUUUCAUUAAGGUAAGCUCAAUCCACGGACUAAGCUUUACUCUGUUAUACAGCAAUAACUAUUUGGAAAGAGGUUUGCAGUGUUGCAUAUGCUGUAUUUUGAUCACAUUCUUACAGUUUCUCACAGAGAUUUGCUCACUAACUAUUUUUCAUGGUUUUCUCUGGGUACAUUGAGUAUUCUGCCUGUUGAAAUCUGCAGGUUUAGUUUUACAAAGUCGCACGACAGAAACUCUACUAAUCACUUUCGUUCGAAUUGCAUGUCUCUUAUAAUAUGUUGCAAGAAUCUCGAGCAGACCUGCAUGCCUAUACAUGAAGUUGAUUAUUUGUAGCCUGGCUAGGGACAAGGACAGAAGACCUUUGUUGUGUACCUUGUGUGGGAGAUGCCUUUGUACUUGGGCCUGACUUGAGGUAUCUUUUUGGUGUGACUCGUUUACAGUAUUGAAAAGGAUUUCAGUAUUGAAUUAUUUCGGGUAAUUGUGCGUAAAUUGACGGCUUUAUGACAAUCAGCAAUAUCUUCAAACGUAUAAUUUUUGUCCCUUAUCCGUCCAGUGAUAUAGAAAUUUCUUCAAAUACGACACUGCUUCUGGGAAGAUCGAUUUUCAGCUGAUUUAUUUUAUGUUUUAUUGACUAUCUUGUACAGAUUUCAUAUCUUUGCCUUUGACAUUGAAAACAUUUCAGACAUGUUGAAUUUAGAUUUUAUAUUCUAUAGAUUUAAUUAACAUUCUCUAAGUCUUUACUACGCUGUACUUGUAUAGACGUGAAUUUUGAGUAUGCGUGUGUAGUAAAUAAUACAAUUCCACUGGAAGUUAUUUUUAUUGAAGAGAAAGUUUUAAAUAAAGAGCGUGGACUUUUA